GUGGAACUCCAGCGGUCCUGAUGCUGGUGCUGAUUCCAGCCUUAGAGCAGUGUUAAUCAACCUGAGUGUUUCCUGUUCUCUCUGCUUCAUUUGAGCUCACAUCAGCAGCACCUUAAGAAACCCAGUUUGGAAAGCAGCUCCCCAGCUGAUUCUGGCACCUCUCACUACUGCGGUCAUCAUUUAUUCUUUUCUUGUUUGCAACAUCUUUCCAGGGUGGGAUGAUCCCGAAAGCAGAUUGCUGAGAUUAUUUUUUACACCAGUUUUCUGUUCUCACCUCUAGCUGAGGAAGCAGCACCUCUUUACAGAAGGGACAUAGCCCCGAGUCUUUGACAAUGAAGUUCAACUUGUUCAGAAAGCCCCAGGCACUCGCAGCGGCCGAGCCCACCAGUGUCACCACCGUGACCAUGGCUCCCACCUCACCUUCGAUGUCCACCUCUGCACCUGGCACGUCCGGCACCAACAACACAGAGAUCAGCAAGAAUGACAUGUUUGAGGAGAUCAAAAGCAAAUUCCUGAAUGAAAUUGAUAAGAUCCCGCUUCCUCCUUGGGCUUUGAUUGCCAUCGCGGUGGUGGCUGCUCUGCUCGUCCUCACUUGCUGCUUCUGCAUAAUCAAAAAAUGCUGCUGCAAGAAGAAGAAGAACAAAAAAGGCAAGAAGGGGAAAGAUGGCUUCAACAUGAAGAACAUGGAGGGUGGUGAGAAAAACCAGGAUGACGAUGAUGACGAAGGCGAAACCGGGAUGACAGAAGAAGAGAAGGAGGAGGAAGAGGAGAAAGAACAAGAAAAACUGGGGAAGCUGCAAUACUCCAUCGAUUACGACUUUGAGAACACCAAGCUCACCGUCGGGAUCCUUCAAGCUGCAGACCUGAUGUCGAUGGACUCGGGUGGAACAUCUGACCCCUAUGUCAGAGUCCUGCUCCAUCCUGAUAAGAAGAAGAAGUUUGACACCAAAGUUCACAAGAAAACACUAAACCCUGUCUUCAAUGAGACGUUUGUUUUUAAAGUGCCCUACGAGGAGCUGGGUGGGAAGACGCUGAUGAUGUCGGUGUACGAUUAUGACAGAUUCUCCAAACACGACGUCAUUGGAGAAGUGAAGCUGCCCAUGAACACCAUCGACCUUGGGCGUCCAAUUGAAGAGUGGCGGGACCUGGAGAGUGCUGACCAAGAGGAGCCUGAGAAACUCGGAGACAUCUGCAUCUCCCUCCGUUACGUCCCCACUGCUGGGAAACUCACCGUCUGCAUCCUGGAGGCCAAAAAUCUGAAGAAGAUGGAUGCCUGUGGAUUAUCUGAUCCUUAUGUGAAGAUCCAGCUGCUGCAGGGGGGUAAGAGACUGAAGAAGAAGAAGACAACUGUCAAGAAGAACACCCUCAACCCUUAUUAUAACGAAUCCUUCAGCUUUGAAAUCCCACUGGAACAGAUGCAGAAAAUCUUGGUGGUCGUCACAGUGUUUGAUUAUGACAAGAUAGGUAAGAACGACGCCAUCGGGAAGAUCUUUGUCGGCAGCAAGGCGACUGGCUUAGGUCUUAAGCACUGGUCAGACAUGCUGGCUAACCCACGCCGACCCAUCGCCCAGUGGCAUGCGCUGCAGCCAGAGGAGGAUAUUGAUGGGCAGCUCGCAGCUCUGGCUGCAAAGAAAUAACCACCUCACCAACCAGCUCUUUGCUCUAAACCACCCUGAUCCUGUUCUGCAUGAACCCUGCAACCUGACAAAUGACUCAAUACGGAAUCCUGCUCAGCAAAAAAAAAAAAAAAAAAAAAAAAAAGACAAACGUUAGAAAAUCCUUUCAUUCGGGAUGAGUCAAAGGAAACUCUCUCUAGCAUCAGAUGUCAGUGUUUACUGAACAGAGGGAUGUUGAUUUACUGAGUGAGCUGUUCAUUAAUGAUCGAGUUUUGGUCUUUUUGGUUUGAAGAAACUGAUUUACAGGGUGCUUAAACCGAAUGAAUACAUAAUGAAGAUAAUGCUGGAUUUAAAAAGCUUUAGUUUAGUUUAUAGAGCAUGCCUUUAAUUAACCCUACUGCUCUGCACACACCUCACCCAGUAUUAGCUUGCUCUAAGUGUUCCACCACCUCCAAUAGAAGGUUCUGUAGUUUUGAAAAGAGUCAGUUUGUUCUCAAGUCCAAGAGUUUGGAUCUAAGCUGAACCAGAUGAUGUAGCAAUUAUUUUUUUCUUGCUAUGAAAUCACAUCUGUGCAUUUAAAGUUCAACACCACGUUUAUUCUGUCAGAUCUAAUGUAGGACAGAAAUCAAAAGGGUGCCUUCCUGAUGUGACAUUUUGAGUUGAUAGCUUGGUUUUAGUGUUUAUUUCAGAAGCUGUCAGGGAAACUGAAUGUGCUGCUGGACGUACGGCCCUGACUAUUUGGACACCAGAAGGAUUUGUGCUAUGCUGCUUUUUAAUUCUGCCGCUGCUGCUAAAUAACUCGACUAACUCAUUUUAUUUUGAAAGGAACUGACUUGUACAGUAUUGCUUUCCGUCAAAGUCAAGGAGUAUUAUUUUAGAUAGAAAAUUAGGUAACACUUUAUAAUAAGGGUCUCUUUAUUAAAUUUACUUAAUGCAUUUUGUGUGCUCCAAACACAACUAAAACUACAAUUAAAUGAUUCAUGACAUCACUCUUCACAAAGAAAAGAAAGGUAGAAUAAAAUCUACUUUUUUUACUGUUAUGUUUUCUAGUUGUUAGAAGGCAGUAACAUUAUCUACAUGAGCUUUAGUACAGCAGGAGCUCACAAGCAAACACGCUACAUUAAUCUUGUAACCCUCAGCAGAACUUCUCCAGAACUCUAAACUACACCUCUAUUACAUCCAUGUCCAUUAUAUUUCAUAAAUAACACAAAUACCAAUAUUUACAAAUCUCACCCAAUCCCACGAUGGUUUCCUUUAUACUGAGACCAAAGUAAGCAAAUAGACCUUCUGGUUACAGAAAUAUACUCACCACAGUGUGGGUAUGUUCCUCCCUAAUAUUGUUAUUGAUUAAAAAAAAUUGCUUGGAUACAAAUUGUUCUGAAUGAUUAAAACACGAUUAAUCAAGAUUUAUUAAUUACAUAGCCUCUAACUAAUUAGAUUAUUUUUAAUCGAGUCCCACCCCUAUUAUUAUUAUUAUUAUUAUUAUUAUUAUUAUUACAAAAACUACACAAACAAUAAAGAAUGAUGGAAUGUUCAAAGACAAAAUGUUGAAAUGUUUGAUUUCUUCCUUCCAAAUUGGCAGAAUUUAACUGCUGACUUUAAGAAAUGAAUCAACACACAUAAACACAAACUGACCAAAAGUAUUGAUCAUGUAUUAAAGGACAAAUGAAAAUAUGUCAUGUGAUUAGUCUGUACUUUGAUUGGCCGGUACUUCUGAUGCAACAUUUCACUCAUUUCUGCUGUAGGGGUAAUCAUUAGAGCUGAGGUAUCGGUCCUCAGCUCAAAGUGGCAUCUGAAGGUGUCGACAUUGAAAAAAACCUAAUAAAUAAACAGCUAUGUCAUCUCCUAAAAUAAAUUAUUCAGAACACAUAAAACAUGAAGUUGAACUCAGUGGUUUUCAAAAUUUCAACACAAUAAAAAACAAAUUAAACACGGAAAUUCUGUUUAUUGAAAAACUUGUGUUUCCUCACUCAAGAAAGCUGAGCAGCAGCAGCAGCAGCAUGCAGACUGGUUCACCCACGGAGCUUCACUGCACACACCUGUUAAUAGGCUACAGCAUGUCAUUAUGAGACAUUGUAAAUAGUAGCAUGUUUUAAAGAGAAUCUAUACAUGUGUUGUGAAUGUGUGUUUGUGAUUUGUGUCAUUUUUAUAAUAAAUUAGAGUAAUAAAAAGUGCACUGGCUGCAAAGUGUAUGUAUUUUUUCUGAUUGAAGCUGAAUGGUUGAUUGAAACAUUCACAGAAAUAGAGUUUUAUUUUUUUGUGAUGCAAAAACCCCUCAAACCACUGCAUGACUGUGUUUUUAUUUCUUUGUCAUCUGUCAUCUUAAAUGUUCAUCUGGCCUGAAAUCAGUUCUGAUUCAUGUUUCUAACCAACUUUAUAUACAAAACCAAAACUUUUGUCUCAGUGUGACUUUGAGUGUUUUCUUUAUUUAUUCCUGCCAAAUGUGUAGUGAAAACCUUUUUUCGUAAUUCCCACCACACAUUUUAUUUCUCUACAUGAUCAUUUCUGUGAAUUAUUACAUCAUAUUGAUGCUGUUCUCUUGUUUAUUGGUAUGAUAAUCAAUAAUAAUCACCACUUUCUGAAUGAAGACGGUGUUAAAGUCAUGCAUUAGAAUGGGAAGAGUUGAUAGUGUGACAGUAGUGCAUGAUUUUACAUCCGGCUGUGUUUCCUCGUCUGUUCUUUGAGACAAGUAUUUCAUCGAUCUUUCUGUUAGCACGUGCUGCACGAGGAUAAAUAACCCUUGUUUAUAUUCCAGCCCAUCAAUGCUUUAUUCUCUCCAGAAGCUAAAAUGAAGAUACAUUAAUCUGCAGUUUGUCAGAACCUGGAUUUUUUCUGUAAAGAGACGUCUAAUUAUGUUGUCAGCCGUGUGUUUGGUUGCAAAUCUGGUCGAAUUUGGUGUGUUGUCACAUUCUGUGCAUUUGCAACAAGGACCUGCUCCUUUGUUUUCUGAUUUUGAAUCUUACGAAUGUUUUCCUGCAAUGCAGACAACAAAAUCCAUGUCUUCCAGGGUUUCUCAAGAAAAACAGUAACCCAACCUGGGAAAACAAAUAACAAUGAUGCUGCGAUAUCACCAACCUGCUGUUUUCAUUGUGGUUCCCCUGCAGUCCCGCCUCACUAUAUGUCAACAGAGCCACGACACACACCUUGUUAUUGUCUCGUUUACAACCGAAGCUACAUAGACGAGGCUACGCUCCUCCUCGUUGACCCUAGUUUUAGUCUGUUGUGUACGUGUGCCACUAGUUGUGCCUUUUUUGUGAAAUGCAUGAUUUUAUUUUCUGCCAAAGUUUCUUCCAGCAACAAAAGACCAAAAAACGUAUCCACGUGUAAACUUGAAUCUAUGUAGAGAAUAUGCGAGGCAGCCUAUCUGUGUGUUGUGAAACUGUAAUCAUAAAUAAUAAAUAAUAAUAAAAGCAUUUUUUAGAA